GUGACGUGCCCUCGACGCGCACUCACCGUCCUCGUCGCCUCUCGCCGCCGUCUUGGACGACCUCGGCGACGACGGACAUCGCGCCACGCUGGGCCAACACGCCGCUGCCGGACCCCACGGGAGCAUCCCACGUCUCUGUAUUCGGCGGUGAGUCGUGGGCCCCAUGGAGCUGGCACCAACCCUUCCAGCGAGCCGUUUCCGCUCCCCUGCUCCUCUUUCCUCGAACUCCUCCUCCGCUCAUCCGGAACGCCAGGCGGACGCUCCCACCUACCACCCCCGGUGUGAUGUGAUGCCACUCGUAUCUGUCCACCCUCUGCGGCACGGCACCCACAUCGACAGAUGUACGCCACUUGUAGAGGUCGUUCUGUAUGAGGAACGCUGGGCCCUCCCUCCCCCCUGGCCACACAGUCUGCACACCACUCCGAGUCGGACACGUAUAGCCGCAGGGCCCCGCAGCGCGCACGGUUGCACAGCAGCCCAUAUCCGAACCCGCGGGUCGUCUCGCCCGCGGGCCGUCAUCGAUGCAGCGCCCGCCCCCCACAAUGACGUCGCGCGAGGCCGCUGUAGGUACGCCAGUCGAUCGCCAUCACGCCGCGCGUCGACGUCCAUACGUGCGGGACCGUAUGUCCGUGCGGCGGAGGCAGUACGCCCCGGAUCCGCACCCAGCCACCCAUCCGGUCUCCAACCCGGCCACUCCAUCCCGCGAAUCUCGGACCCACAAGGAACACGCCGGCCGGUCUCUGUACAUGUCGUGGUCGCCUGUCGAUCGCGCCUUCGAUUCCGAGUCGGGUCACUGUCACUGCGUCGCCCGUCCUACCUCCUCCCGGCAACACCGUGCCAGGGGCUCACACCGCCGGACCUCGCCCUUUCCGCCUUCUAUGUCCGUGAUUCGGGCUGCUGCCAAGUUACAGAGGCGAGGGUUCCAUUUCCGAGGCCGAAACGUGACAGCUGGGCCCGGGGAUCGCGCCGUUCGAAUCUGAAUGACUAUGCGGUUGGCGGGGGCAUUCAUUGCAUCUCGGAAGCCGCAUCUCGUCCGUGCCGGCGACCGCCACUGUGCGGUGAUGUCCACUCGGUGGCCUGGACACACGGGCGAUCGCUCCGUCCUGAAGGGGCUACGUGCGAUCGAAGCCUGCCCAGGAGGUCGGCGGUCACAAGUAACGAGCGGUCCCUUUCUGUGCGCGGGCGUGCACGGCAACCUCGUCUCGCUUCAGUCGGUUUGCGGUGCAUAUCGGCUACCAGCAGGGUUGUCGUCUAGAAGCCAUCCCUACGCGUUUGCCACUCCGCGCUGCUCUGGUCUGUCUGUGCUUUUCCGCGCGCUCUAUAUUACAGUACUUUGCUUGAUACCAUAUGCGACGCAAACCCCCAGGUCUCGCUCCUGGCUGACACGUUUGUCUGCUGCAGCCCACGGCCACCAGGCUCCCAGCUAUACACAGAUGCCUCUGCUCGUCGACAACCACCGUCUCAUCUGUCGCACCCAACGGUUCGCCCGCCUCAGUAUACGGCACACCAGACUUGGGGGAGCCUCGUGUCGCGAUCGGCCAUG